AUGAGUGCUAGACGGCUGCAUUUCGAGGGAGCUUCUGACAAAAGAGGCAUAUCUGAUUUCGUUACAACAACAACAACAACAACAACAACAACAACUACUACUACUACUACUACUACUACUACUACUACUACUACUACUACUACUACUACUACUACUACUACUACUACUACUACUACUACUACUACUACACCUUUUGACUAUCAGCAAUAG